GCACCUCCCAUUUAGCAGGACUUGAAAUAUACGCCAUUAGAGUGUGAACCGAGGAAAAAAGACCAGAGUAGGCAGAGACCUAGUGGUGGAUGUGUGGUUAGUACUUAGCUAGAGCCUGCAUAUUAGAAUUGAAACCGAAUCUCACUUCUUUCUCCAAGUUUCCCACUGCUAUAGUCUAAUUCUUAAAAAAUCCUUCAAAACCCACAUUUCUUCUCACCCCAAAAGAACCAACCCACACCAUCAAAUUAAAACAAAAAAAAAAACAAAAGAACAAUUUUCUUUUUGCUUCCUCUAGUUGCUCGCACUUACUUAGUCCAUAUAUAAAGAUGUUGGAUUAUGAGUGGGGGAACCCAUCAACGAUCAUACUCGCCGGAAAUGAAGGUGGCACCACCGGCAAACCCGACCAGACUCGCCGACAAAUCUUCGAUCACAACUUCACCAUGCUAUCUAACAACAACAUUCUACAAGGUGUCUCCCAUCAGUAUCAUCACCACUUCAACCCACCACAACCGCAUCAGCACCACGCCUUCUUCGACCCACGCGCCUUCCAAAGCGCGUUCACCACUUCCUUCUCUCCACCACCACGUUCCAUGUUGUCGCUUAACUCAAUCCCACCUUUGGCCACCCCCCACUGUGGGCUUGGAUUUCUGCUCAUGCACAAGCCUGAUGAUGUCAUGAACUUCGAGGGCUCUGCUCACAGACUUGGGCAUGGGCCUGGACUUGGGCUUAACCUCGGAGGCCGCACCUACUUUGAUCCGUUCAAUGACAACACGGUCAACCGACUCUACCGAACUAAGACGGUAGAGUCGGUUACGACGUUGUCGUCGAAUUUGCCACGGUGUCAGGCGGAAGGAUGCAAUGCGGACCUUUCCGACGCGAAGCACUACCACCGCCGCCACAAGGUGUGCGAGUAUCACUCCAAGGCCGCCACUGUCGUUGCUGCCGGGUUGACUCAGCGAUUCUGCCAACAGUGUAGCAGAUUCCACCUUCUUUCAGAAUUUGACAAUGGGAAACGGAGCUGCAGGAAGAGACUGGCAGAUCAUAAUCGUCGCAGAAGAAAAACUCAGCAGAUUGCUCAAGAAAUUCACAAAUCUCAGCAUUCUUUGGACAAUGUUGCAAGGUCCUUACCUGAAUCUGGAGCUCAAUCUUCGUCGUCGUCGGGGAAGGUGGCAGUACGUGUCACCCCCUGAUUAUUUCCAGCAACAAAGACCAAACCAAAAUAGAGGCUCUUCGUCAUCAACAACAUCGAUAUCAGGGUCAUUGUUUUUCUCAGGUGGUUAGUGCAUGUGGGACCAAUUUGCAUGCCUAAUAGUACCCCAUGCCAUUAAUUAAUGGAGGAGAAUCAACAAUAAUGUACUGAAUUAUCUCUUGUAACUUCCUCUCCACAUUUAAUUUAGAAGCUU